AUGGAGAACGGUGAAAUCAAAAGUAGGCUGGAGAUGCGGCGGCCCGAUGCCGAAGAGAUCAUGAGAGCCGGCCGAUGUCUCGGCGCCGCCAUUGCUGUUAUCCACGACGGACGAUUGCUUCAUAUCGAGUGUAUUGGAGUUCGAAAUGUGGCGCAACAGCUACCAGUCAAUCCGUUUACCGUGUUCCCCUGCGCGGCCUUGACCAAGACGGUCAUUGCGGCAGCCGUUGCGCAGUGCGUCGACGAAGGCAACCUCUCUUGGGACGAUCGUCUUGAGGCGCUUCUUCCGGGAAUAUUCCCCAGAGCGCCCCUGUUCAGGCAAAUGACCCCCGUGGAUUGUCUCGCCCAGCGGCCGAGGAUAAAUCACCCGCAGAACUGGGUUGCGACGGGAUCGAGCGACGAGACCAACAGUCUGCAGCAGUUUGAAACCUUCAGAAACAGCCCUAUCUACAGAGGUGUUGGCUAUGAUAUCUCAGGCAUGCUUCUCCGCCAGCUGAGAGGAAUUCCCUGCCCAGCAGUCCUGGAUUCUCGCAUAUUUCAACCAUUGUCCAUGCUGAGGACUACCACACAGCCUGGCCGCAACGAGGAGGGACGUGAAACCAACAUUUCACAAACGUACGGCGCUCUUAUGGCAAGGGGUCAAUACGUGAAAGUUGAGCCGUCGGUGAUAUCGGGCGAUUUUGCCGGAGGCCCUGAUGCAUCGAUGUACAGCUGCAUGAGCGACAUGGUCCGCCUGUACAGCAGGUUCCUCGAAGACUAUGCGUAUCAGUUGCAAAACAAUACGACAGAGACGCCAGGAUCACCACUGAAGCAGGUUCCAUUUAUGCUGCUUCCGAGAGCAGCUAUGAGCGAGGCCUAUGCUCACAGGGAAUCCUCCGGGCUCGGCUGGAUAAGGGUGCAAACUCCUGCCCCUAUGGGUGUCGGCGGGCUCAACCCGAGAAUCAUGCAUCCAAGGCCAAUGCCUGACGUGGCCACUGGGCAUCCAACGCAGUACAUACUAUACAACCAGGGGAGCCGGUCGGGCAACCUGGCCGCAGUUAGCCUUGUCCCAUCGACAAAGGGGGCCAUCAUUGUUUUGACAAACACGUUAGGUCUCAACGACGUCGCCGACUGGCUUGGGCAAAUGUAUCUCGAGGCGUAUCUUGGGGUUGCCAAGAAGAAUGACUAUGUGCGUCUUGCAAGGGAAACUGCCGAAAAAGCGACUCAAUGGAAUCCCCAGACUAUGGUCAAUUUACUGAAUAACAGAAGGGCGGGAAGAGCGCACCGGGACCUGAUUGAUUACACUGGGCAAUACCAAAAUGAUGCUCUAACUAUGAAGAUAUACAUCUUCAUUGAUUCCAGGGACAAUACGACCCUACGGGCGGAAUUUCGAAUUCAUGAAGCUACAGAGGAAAUUUAUUUGUUGACGCAUUUCCGCGACGAUGUCUUUACCUUUGUAUAUUGCCGGAAUCACCUUAUUCGUCGCGGGCGGUUUACCUAUGAGGAUGCUGAAUUCUUCAAGCUCGCGUUUGGAUGCAAUGAUACUUGCUCAAGGAUCUGCGUCAUCAAAUGGCGGCAUAAUGGAAGUCUCUCCGAACCCGAGGUGUUUAAACGGCAAUCGAUUCGCAGGGGCUGA